CAUGCGUGCAGGGAAACAGACAUUAUCCUAUUAACCAUUAGCAACCAAGUCUCCUCCCGCAUCCAUUUAGUCACUGAGUAAACAGCACGGAGCACAGUACUAGAUGCAGAAAGCCACGAGGACAAUGCGCUUUUCAGACCCUUCAUGCUUCACUGGACAUUAACGGGACACUCUCAAGCUUCACUACUUGGUCGAAUUUUGCUUUUUGAAUUAAUGCCAGUGGGCUAGCACCGAGGAACAACCCAGCCAUUACCAAAGCUUGCAAAGGCUGCCACGCCAGAAGUGACCCCGCAAUAACAAACCAGUGUGUGAAGUCUCACACUGAGCAACAACCCUACCAUAACAAGCUGUGCAUACAGCCACGCCCGCCGGAGCCACCUUACACACGUGUCUGUGGCAGGACAAUGAUUGCAGAUUGUUUGUUGCUUGUGGAAAAAAACAAAAUGAGGAAUGAGAGCAGAGGCCGAGUUCCUGAGGAGGUGGAUGGAGCUGAGUGAGGAGAUGACCCUGGAAGGAGAGUCGAUGGGGAACAGUUCUGAAUCUGGCAUUCAACUCAUGGAGAAUAACUCACUGUCUGCCCCUGUGCACCGGGGCUGGAGAGAGCUUCACCUGGCAGCUUGGGACGGUAACACCCACGGGAUGAAGCAGCUACUGCGGCAGGGGGCAGUGAUAGAGAGCAGGGAUGAGAAUGGAUGGACCCCCUUACACAGCGCCACGCUGAAGGGAUCCAUCAUGCUGGUGAAGUUCCUGGUGCAGCGUGGAGCCUUGGUCCAUGCCACAGACAGAGCCCACUACACCCCGCUGCACCAUGCCUCUUGGAGCGGCCAUACCCAAGUGGCUGAGUUUCUCUUGGCUCGGGGAUCUCCAGCAUCAGCCGUGACUAAAGGGGGCCUCACCCCACUUCACUGUGCAGCAGCCAGUGGCCACACCCUCAUCGUGCAGUUGCUCCUACAGCAAGGCACAGAUCCUGCCAGCGGGGACAACAACCAGUGGACAGCACUGCACUGGGCGACUGUGAACAGCCAGCUGCAUAUCAUGGACUUGCUGAUUUGCCAGGGUCUCUCCCCAGAUCUGGGCAGUAACAGAGGCAUCACAGCACUGCACAUCGCAGCAGAGACGGGAAGAAGUGACGCUUUAAGAUUCUUGCUAGCCAAGAGUGCCAACAUCAAUGCACAGGAUGGGCUGGGGAGAACAGCACUUGCCAUUGCAUCUGAUAAUGGCAAUCGAGAGAUUACAGGACUAUUGCUGGAAAGCAAAGCUGAUGUGAACAUGAAGGACCACUACGGCUGCACGGCACUCCACAAGGCAGCGGCUGCGGGACACUUGGCCCUCGUCCACCUGCUGGUUGAGAAAGGAGCUGUUGCCAACAUUAGAGACUGUCUGAAUCUGACUCCGCUUCACAGAGCUGCCUGCUGUGGGCACAGCGAGGUAGUCAGUUACCUUCUGGACCAUGGAGCGGAGAUCAAUGCAGCCGGCUGGCUAAACAAAACCCCACUGCACCUGGCUGUGGAAAAAAAUCACUUCCUUUUAAUGGAGCUGCUGCUGGGGAAGGGGGCAAGUCUGUCCCUCAGAACUCGCUGGCAUGAAACGGCACAGGAUCUAGCGUCAGACAGGGUCCUUCCUGGGGGCACUCCGUCCACUUCCCAGGAGAAGAUGACAAGCUGCAAUCCAGACCUGAACUAGAUCCCAACUCAAGUACAGUCAACUGGACCUGAGAGGCAUGAGAACAACUUUGUCCUUCAGUUUACUCUGUUGCCACCUUGUGAAGAAGGAUCAGACUUUCUCAUCAUUCCAGUAUUAACCGAUAAAGGGCCUGAUUCUCAUUUACAUUGUUCUUGCAGAGUAAUGGAACCUUAAAGGGGGUAUAAAUACACUGUAUACCCAUUGUAAGGCCCCUUAAUACCGCUAGAGUGGUGUCAUGGGGCCUUAGUAUAAAUAAGAAUAAGGCUCUCACUAUUUAAAAGGUUCUGUUUUUACCAGUGUGCUGCUGUAAUAGGUAUUUACUGGGAAUGUGAUUAAACCAUCUUUGGUGAUUCA